AUGAAAGGAAUCAAGCAUAGAGGCUUGUAUAAACUUCAAGGUGAGACAGUGACAAAUUUCACUGCGGAGACGUCAGAUGCAUCUAUUCGAGAGUUUAUGGACUGCUCGAAGAAGACCUGGAGGUUUGUGCCGAUGCACAAGUUUGAUGCUGGUGUCAAAAUCACACAGUCAAGAGUUUUAAUCGAAACGGAGACUGCUAGGAGUGUUUGUGGCAGUGUUAAUACGGAUCUGGACGGUGUUCAGCUUGAGGUGGAGUUGCGACCAAAAACUUCUGAGUCUGAACUUUGGUAUGAUGGAUGCUUGCCUGUUACCUCCUUCAUUUUCCUCCCUCAAGGAGUUUCGCAUUAUGAUGAGCUCUCCAUGAAAGAGAGUUUGAUCUUUUCAGAUAGCCUGAAGGACUUGAAGGAUCUUAGGAAGCAGUUAUACUCAGCGGCUGAAUAUUUUGAAUUAUCUUACAACGAACAAGAUCAUAAAGAAAUAGUGGUGAACACGCUCAGAGAUUAUGCAACCAAAGCUUUCAUCAACACUGCGGAUCACUUGGGCUCAAUGACUUAUAAGGUCAAUUGUCUCCUGGAUGACAAGAUUGGGGAAGCUUCUGCAAUUGAGCUUAGGUUCUCUUGUGUUCAACAGAGACGACGAAUGUGUGAGAUGUUCGUAGACCACGGAGGCCUAUCUCAACAGUCGCUAGCGAUAAGGACUCCGAAGCACCACAUACGAUAUAUCUUACCAGGCAUGCUUCCCUUCACAAGAUUUGUCAUUGGUUUAUUAAGACCAAAAGAUCGAAGUUGGUUCAUGCUUAAGAACUUUCUUUCAGUUUCAAAAGCUAAAGACGGUGGAGACAACAAAAAUCUGCGAUAUUGCGUGACAAAUGAAGUAAAUGGCGAAAUAUCAGCAGAAGUAUAUCCGAGAAAUAUAGAGACUUCUGCAUCAAUCGUCAGGAGACGGCAUUUGGCAACACAAUUUCCACAAUCCUCCCGAACGGGCCCCCUUUCAUUCGUAAGUACCUUGUCCAACAAAAAAGCAGGUCGGUAUUGAAUACUCCAAAUUGGGGGUAAGAGCAUUAAGAGUGCCCAAACUUUCGUAUGUGCUUAUCCAAGUGCCAAAACUUUAUUUUUGCUCACUUUAGUGUCACAAAUUUGAAAAAUUAAUCAUUUGAGUACCAAUUCCGAAUUAUCUCCCCAAAAAAUUUGACAUAGACGCUGGUUGUUUAACGUGGCUUUGCAAGCACU